GGUCUGUCUGACACAUUGACGUUUUGGGCAGGGCGUUGUGUUUGUUUGUAAAUUAAUUUUCCGUAAUCUCCCGCUGCUGCUGCUCUUGUUUUCCGUUUCCAUUUUCCCUCUUUUGUUACGUGUGUUUUGUACAAAAAACUCUGUAAAGCCAUGAUUUCAAUUCGGUCUUUUGCUUUCCCGAUGGUGUUUUGCCUUUUCCUGUUCAUCAGCAACAGUGAAGCAAUCUGGUGCUACCGAUGCAAUUCCGCCACGCCAGGGUGCGGUGAGAACUUCAACUGGCGUGGCAUCGGCUAUCUUGGCGAUCCGUGUCCGGAGGAUGACGACGUCUGUGUGAAGGUGAUCGAACGCAAGGGCACAAUCGAAACGUACACCCGCGAUUGCCUGAGCUCGCUGCAAGGAUUCCGCACGGACAUCCCGGCCGACAAAUACGAAGGAUGCCGUCCGGCCGCCAAGGAUCUUAACCUUGCCCACUACGUGAACACGUCGAUCAAGGAGCUGGACGUGAAGCGAGAUCAUUUCGAUUCGACGACGUUCUGUUUCUGCUUUUUGGAUCACAGAUGCAACGGUGCUCCCGCAUUGGGGGGUGCCGGCCACAUGUGGAAGCUACUGUUCUCCUCUUUAGUACUAGGAAUAGCCAGCACACUUCUACGCUAAAAGAUUUAGCUUUAUUAGCGCAGUAUAGCACAAUCUUAAAACACGCACAAGCUGUGUUUGAAAAGGAAUCAACAUUCCGUCCCCAUAUAGUUGAUAAGAUGUCAACAUUCCGUCCAGAAGAGGUUUAGGUGUAAUAAAGGACUACAUUUUCAUAAUGA